AGUAGUCUGUGAACUUGUGAUCGUCUGCAAUAUCACAAUAUGUCUGACGAUUUGGAAAUAUUUUUAGAAUUAUUGUAAUAUAAUAAUAAAAUUAUUUACUGCGGAAUCGUCCACGCUAUGGACUAUAUAUGACAAAAAUUGUAAACUGUCUGAAACAGAUCGAUAAGGCGAGGAGGUGAAUAUAGCGAAGAUAUGUGUUGUGGGCAGUUCGCCUUGCGUGUGUACAGUAGACGUACGCGUGACGAGCGCCGCGCGGCGGGGUGCUCCGGCCUCGGCGCGCGUCGGACGACAUAACGUCGCUCGAGUCGCAGGGUAGCCUGCGCGAUCAGUGUUUUUGUACAUAUUUUUAUAAUACCGACAUGGACCCGCGGGUGCAGUGCCCCGUGUGCACGCUGUACCUGCACAGCGGCAUGUCUCUGGAGUCCCAUUUGGAUACACAUCCUAAAGACCAGGUCAUAAAAGCGUUGUGCAACCUGUCAGCCAAGAGUACUGGGUUUGGAAGCAGGACUCCCACUCCACACUCUGAGAGAUCAUACAGAAGUCGGUCACGGACUCCCGCUACUGAUGAUGGGCGAUGGGCUGGAUCUCAUCGCACUAGUGAAAAUGACAGGUACUGGCGAAGAACACCGAGCCGCAACAAAUCUACCCCACUGUCAAGUAGAACUGGUACUCCGGAUAUUAGAGUGUCAAAUAUCAGCUUUGAGAAUGAGAAUAAUUUAAAUACGAAUUCCAAUCAGUGUUCUGAUGUGUUCACCGUGAAGUCUGAUAAAACUCAGAGGACGUACAUGUCUGCGGGGCAGAUGUCAAGCUCAGAUUACGAUCAGAGGUACAGGUUCUACCCUGAACCACAGGAAGAUACAGAGAUCAAAUAUUCCCGCAGCUCUGAAUAUAGUGCUCAGAAUGAGAAUUCUGAUACUACAUUUACAUAUAACAUGCCUCCAUCUGCUCCUAAGCCAUCAGCUAGCAUUCCACCCCCUACAUCUAGAAGAGUCAAUGAACGAGACUUUGUUAAAAUUCUUCCAAAAGGAAGUAAUAUAUUUUUGAAAACAAAUGUUGCGAGUGGCAUGCAAUAUAUAACACCGGGAGCAAACCAGAUGCAUGUGAUGAUGCCAACGAUGGCAACACCACAGUUUGUGCAAAAAAAUGUACAGAACAACAUGAUUUUAACUGGAAAUUUAACAAGUGCUCAAAUUCACAAUUCAAAGUUGAUGGCACCUCCAAUGACAAAUCAGUUAUUGACAUCGGGAACAUUUACUCCAGGAACCACUGUUGUCACACAAAAUUCUCAGAUCAUUUACAGAGAAAUGGUGCACAAUUUGGAUGCUAAACCUUUUAUGUCAAGUAUACCUGCAGUUCUUGGUUCAGUUGAAAAUGUCACUAAUGUGGCACAGAGUAGUGCAAUGUACCAAAUGGUAGUAGACCAGUUUGGCAAUACCUCAUGUAUGUAUACAACACCACAGCAUUUGGUACCUAAGCCCUGUAAUCCAACCGUUCUCAGUGACAAUAUGACAUACUUGCAAGGUAUUGUAGAUAAAUCUGCACAGAAAAACAAUGACAAAACUCUAUUAAUUGAAAUCAGCCCAAUGUCAGAUUCUUCUGCUGCGAGCUCCAGUACCCAACUACCUCCACCUAAAUCAAGUUCUGUAAAUAAAAAAUUUGAGAAACCAGAGCCGAAAAAGUCAGCGUCUAGAAACAGCACCCCGGGCCCUAAUAAAGGGCUGAAAAUCAUCAGCAAUAUAAAAGUGGAGGUUCCCGUGAAGCAUCACAAAAAUAUGCUGAACACCAUUAUGGAUCUUACAGGCUCAGGAGACUAUACUGCGCGUCCCAUUAGUCCAGAAAAGAUAUUACCAGAUAUAGAUGACAACAACCAAAGCUUAUGUGAUGAUUCAACACAGCCUUCCAUGACAAGUGGCGACAGUAUAGCUUCAAACACAUUCUGCGUCAUUAAUAAUUCUAGUAAUACUUCAGGUAAAGAGUCUUCUAAAUCAGAUAAUAAAAUCGACUCUGAGUUUUCAGACAGCUGUCCUGUGCCAGACCUCAUCUGCAACGAAAAACCUUCUAUAUCACCUUGCAGUGAGUUGUCAGAACACGACAACUCAACAGAUCUCAUCAUAACAUCUCUCAAAAGUGAACCUAUUCAUACAUAUGAAAGACGUGCAGUAAAUAAUACUAUUGACAAUAAACAACCAAAAUAUAACCCUUUGAAAAUAAACAAUGCAUUUGUUAAAAAGCCAAAGAAGGUUUUGCAGAUAAAAAACUCAAAAUUUCCUAGUACUCCAAGUAGUGUAAGUGAUAUUACUCAAUCGGAAGUCAAUCGAUCGGAUCCAGUAGCUUCCUCCUCGAGAGCUAAAUCACCUGAAGAGUUUGAAAUCAACAAAAUACAUCGCCAAGAGAGUAGCAAUAGUACAAAAUCUGGAACACUACUCACUGUUUCAAUUGAGAAAAUAAAGGAGAAUGAUGAUAAUGAAAAUAAUGAGUUUGAUGCAAACACAGAAGAGCAGUCCAUGGACAUAGAGCCCGUGACACCAUCCAAUGUGAACCAUUCCAGCCAGUUUACAGCCACCGUAGACAUCGUGCAAGUGAAGGAAGAAAUCAAUACGAGCAAUGAUUUUAGCAAUGAAGCUGAUAGAUCUGCCUUGGAUCUUGCGCCGAUGGCGACUUUGCGACCGAUCAAUGUAAUCAGCUGCAGUAUCGAAGGAGAUUUCGAUGAUGAUUCGAGUCACAGAGAGUUACUAGAACUGGAGGCGUCAUCGAAAAACAAACAGUUUGUAUCAAUGAUGAAUGAAAAUUAUUUCGGCGAUAACAUUUACGCAGAUUACUUCACGCCCGAUCGCGUCGAAGCUUUUGACGCUGAAAAGGAGUCUCACUAUUCAAAGGAUAAUAACAGAGAUGGGAUGUACAUUUGGGGGGAGCCUUCUCAGAGGGAAAGUGAAUUUGUUUUGCCCAAUUUCAUCCACGAAAGCUAUAAAAUUGCUGAGAACGGUCUGGACUAUUCAGAUAUGGGUGCAGAGGAGCAAGUAGACAAGUGUGAAGGAGACUCCAAAGCUGACUUGUUAAGUGAGAGCCGGAGCGAAAGUGAGGCUCCUUUAAAUAUUUGUGCAGAUGAGAAAAUGCCACCUCGAGGGGAACUGAGUGGCCAAGAGAGCAAUGGAGAUAUGGAGUCACCUUGGAGUGGAAUGUACUCGAGCGUGCCGCCAGCGGAGCCCUACGACCUCAUGGCGCGGGAGAGCUGGGACUCCGACGCCUCCGAUGUCGAUACCACCGAGAAGACGGAACCAAUAGGAAUGCAUACAGAGGUGCACUUCCCCAAGAGCCGUAUGUACAAUUGUGCACUGUGCAACACGAAGUUCCCGUCGCUCAAAGAGAUGCGCGCGCACAAGUCACUUGUGCACGCGUCGCCGACCUGCUCCGGCGCGAAGACCACGUACAGCCGGCUCAUCACCGCCAGAGCCAUCAAGAAGGAGGAGAAACCGGACCCUAAUGUGUUGCAAGAAAGCCUGCUAGCAAUGGACUCGAAGGACGCGCUAGCUAAAGCUCUGCCGCAAGUGUUCGACUCUCUACCAGACACCAAGCCUCCGCUAGGACUCGUCAAGCAGGAGCGCGCGCGGCGGCGGCGCGACUACCGCUGCCCCACGUGCAAAGUGGAUCAGGUGACGGAUUUGGCGUUCCACGCGCACCUGAAGUUCCACCCGCUGCUGUGCCUCACGUGCGGCAAGUGCUUCUACCGGCGCGCCAACCUGGCGCUGCACCUCAAGACGCACCUCAGCAUCCGGAACUAUAAGUGUGAGGUAUGCGAGAAGACGUUCAUCACGCGCCAGAAGUUGUCGGAGCACCACAACAUCCACACGGGGCGUGCGCCCGUCAAGUGCACCGUCUGCGACGACACCUUCCGCCGGUACUCCAACAUGGUGCAGCAUCGGGAUCGCCACCACCUAAAGAAGAAGCCGAAGGUGCGCGACUUCGUGUGCGGGCAGUGCGGCGCGGUGUUCCACUCGCGCGCCAAGCUGCAGUGGCACCGCGAGACGCACGACGACAAGCCCAAGGCGUGCGUGUACUGCAGCGACAAGUUCGUGCACGCGGCGUCGCUCACGCGCCACGUGCGCCGCUCGCACAACCAGUACUUCGUGGCUACCGCCGACAAGCUCAAGACGGAGAACGUGCCGUGUCCCGUGUGCAAGCAGGUGUACCUCCGACCCAACCUGCGCGCGCACCUGCUGACGCACAGCGGCAAGCGGCCGUACCACUGCCACAUCUGCAACAAGUCCUUCACCACCAAGUGGAACCUCAAGCUGCACCGCUGGACGCACGUGAGUCGCUCCGCCAAGCCUUACAAGUGCAACCUGUGCAAGGGCGCCUUCAUCCGCCACACGGAGUACGUGUCGCACAUGAACGCGCACAAGUCGGUGCGGCCGUACACGUGCAAGUACUGCGGAUGCCAGUUCAUCCGCAAAUACAAUUGCCAGAGGCACGUCCGCGAGCACGAGAGCGCCAAGAAGUUCGUGUGCAAGGUGCCAGAGUGUGGCAAAACGUUCCACAGGAGCUACUACCUCUCCGAGCACAUGAAGGUGCACAGCGGCGCGCGACCCUUCUCCUGCCACAUCUGCGGCAAAACGUCCAGCAACAAGUCCAAUCACAACAAGCACGUGAAGAUCCACCACUCGCGGGAGCCGAUCGCCACUGAGGCGUGAAUGUAAAUGUUGUUUUCUUGUUUUUUUUUUUAUUUUUUUCGGGUGUCGACUCUUGGCUUUUUGUGUAGUGUCACUUUGAAAAUUUUAUUUUUAGCAUUUAUAACAAUAAUAAUUAGUGGAAAUAUAUUUUUUUUGUACCAUAAUAAUUUUAAUACUUUGUAUUAUAAAAAAAAAACAAUAAUUUAUGAAUCAUGAUGAAAUUUUGUAUUAUAAUAAAAUUAUUAAACUAUUACUGAUGUAUAAUAUGAAAAUUUUAAUAAUAAAAACCAAUAAUUAUUAUUAUAAUCUGCCUUCCAGAGGCGCUAAAGUUUUAGAUAUAAUAGAUAUUAUAAUAGUACUAAUCCCAAAACAAAUAAACCAAGCCUUUUUCUCUCUCUUGUUUUCUCCUACCAUUAUCAGACAAAAAAUAUUAUUUAUUAAGUUUUAAUCAUAUUUGAAAUAAAUUACUGAUGAAUGAAAAUUAGUAUAGGGUGAUCAGUUAAAAUUACUAACGAAUAUUUUUAUUAUUUAACAGGAAAACGCGACAAAUCUGGUCGAGGUCAAAUUAUUUACUAUUUUGUCGGGUUAAAAUUUGUUUUAAUUUCCCUGGAGUAGAAAAAAAUAAAUCAAUAGAGUUUAAAAAGUAUUUCCUCCGAUUUUUCAUGCUUACUCCGGAAAUGGAAAAAAAUGUAACAUACAAUUAAAUUAUUUAUGACGUUUUUAAAUCCCACCAUUGAAAUAUAAUUAUGGAUUUUAUUUACCAAUGAACUCUUUGUUUUUGAAGUGACACUAGUCCAUAAAGUCUUGCCCGUGCUACAGACCUACAGUUUUAAUUGGACAGUCGAACUAUUCAGUUAAAUUGUCUGUGUGUAGUAUCCGUCAAUUUAAGUGUACAGUUUUUUGUGUACAGUACAGUACAAUGAUUGAAAUUUCAGUUAGAUAAAACUGUACAGUUAAAACUGAAAGUCUCUGGCACGGGUUAGUAACAUAGUCGUCCCGUUGUAAAUAGGCUUCUAGGUAAAUUAAUAUUUUUAUUGUGUAAAUACAGGACCAAGGUUUUGUGUAAAUUGAAGGUGUGAGUACAGGAGAGCGUUUUACAGUUUAAAACAAUUCAAAGUUGGUGCGACUGAGUUUAUUGUAGUUCAUGACUUUUGCAGUUUUAUUAGAAAAAUUAAAUUAUAAUCGAAUAAUUAUUACUACUUAUGCCACGGUUUUAAAGUAUACUAAAGAUAAACGCACAUUCAGGUUGGCCGCACCGGAAUGAAAAUUCAUGAAGUGCAGUCCCCAACAUUUAUUGAUCUUUUUUUUCUAUUUAGGAAUAGUAACAUUAAUUUACAUAUUGAGGUUUGUAAAUUUACAUAAUUUGUAGUUCAUUAUACACCAAGAACUUAUGCAAAGUAAUGUCGAAACUUUCUCCAUUAUAUAAAAACUAGAAAGUUUGUAAGCCUAUAUUCCUGCCGUAGGGAAGCACAGAAAUUAUGGAGUUUGGACUGUGGCAUCUUCCGCAGGCACCAUGUUUCAAGGGUACAAACCUUCAACCGUCCAAUCCUUUCAAAAAAUAAAAUUCUAUCAGGAUAAUAAUAUGAGAAAUAAUUUCUGUGGUCGAUUAGGUUCGUGGCAACCCUUCGAAAAUCAUUGUUAUAGGUUAUGCAUGCAUAGCAUAAUAUAGCUCUGAUAUUAUGACGAGGAAAAUAUAAAAAAAUACUUGAAUAGAUUUGGGCCCUUGAAACAUUCAAACUCUGUAGUUGCCUACUUACCCACGGUAAGAUUAAGAGACUAAAUUUCGGCCUUUACAAAAUAACGAAUUUCUAUCACAGACUCUUAGGCCAAAACGCGAGCUACACACCUGCAGUUUAUACUGUACAGUCGAACUAUUCAGUUAUAUGGUCCGUAGGACAAAACUGGAAUACGGCAUUGUACAGUUUUUCUAAUGAUUUUGAUUGAAAGCUCGAUUAGAUAAAACUGUACAGAUAAAACUGAAGGUCUGUAGCAAGUUAACUUACGAAUUGGAUUUCUGCUACGGUCGGUUCUGCUACGGCAGUUGUCGGACAGCCUGACUGAAUGUGCGCGAGCCUUAUUGGAAUGUGAAUAGGUUGUGAGGGGAAUGAUGUUAACUCAACAAAACUUAACGAAUUUUUGUAUAUAUAUGUAUAGAAACAAACAUAUUACGAUAAAUUCAGUCUUAGCACUGCCGUCACAUCACACUUAGAUUGUUAUUACAAUUAGCAUUAUGAUAGUUGAAGAACUUGAAGACUUAGGGCGUUUGUUACUGUCAUACUAACAUGGACACUGUUAUCGUUGCAAAUUAAAUAACACAUUUUAUAGAAUCGUGUCGAAAGUUAUUUUAUUUAGAUGUGCUUCGAUCAACAAUUCGUGCUGUUGUUGAUCGAAGUUGAUAUAAGUUGAAGAUUAUAUUGGUCAAGUUACAUUCCUUGAACAAUUUAUUAGGGGAAUUUCGCUUUGUCGGGUUAAUACAUCACAUUUUGGAAACUUUCUAGUUUAUUUUUACACACAACCUAUAGUGUGAUGUUACGGUAAAACUAAUGAGUAUUUUAGUCAAAUUAAUAAAUGGGCAUUUCGGUAAAAGUACCCCGCUUAUACAAGCUGUUUUGAAAACUGCCUUUGUAUGGUUUCAAUUGUUUAAAUGGAAGAAAAUUUGGCACUCUGGCCGAAACUCGAUCUUAAUCAUUGGAUCCUAAAAAUUUUGGAAACACGUAAAUUCAAAUAACUAUAUUUCUGAAUUUUUUUUUAAAUUAUUUAGGUAGAUUUUCAACCAUUGGCAAUACACUAUUUCAGAUUUUAAGACCUUUUAGAUUUUAAAUAUUGUGAACUAUGUUCCCAAAUAAACGAAAGCAGUUUUGAAAGCAGCAUGUAUAAUUUAUUUUUAUUUUUUAAAUUCUUAAAUGGAGACUUAAUUUGUUCUCUAUUAUUUUAGCUUUAAACUUUGAGUCUAGUUGUUCUAAUAAUUUGUCAUUUCUAUAGAAUAUAUUUUGUAAAUACAUAAUUACGUUAAAUAUUGUUUUAAAACGAAAUAGAUUAUUUUUAUUUGUAAUUAGAAAAAUUAUUUUUGUUUUUAAAUCUGUAGCAAUGCAUACGACGACAUUAAAAAAACUCGAAGUAAAUACAAUUUUAAAGCAACCUUUUUUACUUUCAAGCAAGAGUGAAUUAGAGCUUUCUAGUUACAAUAAGAAACUUUUCUAUUGGAUUUAAAGAUAGUAUGGAAUUUAGUUACCUUGGUUUAAAGCUCAAGCUUAAUCAUACGAGUACUUAAAUGCUAAAAUGCUCGGUAUCAGUGGUGGAUUUACUAGUAGGCUAAGUAGGCUGUAGCCUAGAUUUUAGGGGGCGGCAAAUUUGACCCAAAAAAUUUUGGAAAAUCUUCUACAGAAAUAAAGAAAAUGCAAAGAUAAUUUUAAUAUAGUAACGUACGCCCUGUACAGUCCUACUAAAAUGCAAGACCUUAAACACAAUACAAAUUACCUUAAACACAAUUUAAGGGAAUUUGUAUUGAUUGUGAACUAGGAUACCUAUCGAAUUUCAAAGUUCAGUAGGGGCUGCAAAAAUUCAAUAGCCUACUGGCGGCAAAUUUGUAAAUCCGCCACUGCUCUGUGUUAAUCAGUAGGACAGAAUUUUCGACUUUAUAAUCAGACCCAUUAAGUCCAUUUUAUAAUCAUAACGAUUGCAAUUUUUAAGCUGCUAAUCCCACUAGUGUUUUGUAAGCGUUAGCGAAUUUCGAGAAACGACAACGCUAGAAAAUCGCUAGCAGUCCAACUACGAGUAGAUGUUUGGUUGUGAUCGCCCAGACGCGGCACUAAUGUCUUACAUUUGGUAAUGGCGGUCUUAUUGUCAUUUGUGUAAGGCGCUGUCAAUUUUAGUUCAAAGUUUAGCCGCGGGACUUCUUUCAUGAAAAGGACUAUAGCAAACUUGCGACUGCCAUGUUUAUACGGUAUUUUAUGUACAUCUGUCGCUUUGAUGUCGUCGUAUGUAAAUACUUUAACGUUCGUGCGCGUACAUUUACAUCACACAAUUGUAACUGAAAUUAUAUCAGUGGUGAGUGUCUAGAUGCAAGGAAAUGAUUGAAGGCAAUCAUUGUCAUAUCGUAAAACCUAGUUUCUGAAAGAUUGAUCAAAUCAAUUGUUAACUAAUGUAAAAAAAACUUUGAUUACGAGUAGAUUAAUGUGCGUUAUGAUGACUUUUUUGAAUUAUAUUCAAAUAAACAACACGCCAUUUAAUAAUGGUUUAGACAAUAAUGUUCAUGAAGAUAGUGCCAUAUUUUUUUUGGUGGCAGAGAAUGUUUACUCUUACCUACCCGCGGAAACAUGACGAACAAUAACAUUUUUAUCAAUUUCCCUUUUUUUUCACAGAUUUCAUUUACUUUUUUCACGGGCUAUUCGUGAAAAACAUAUCUGUGGCAUAUUGACAAUUUCAAUUAGAUUAAUAGGCAAGUCGCUAAGUUAACCAAUGAUCAAUGUUUCAGAAACUGGGUAAAUGCUUGUAUUGAGUACAAAUUUUCUAAAGCAAUACAUAAUUGUAGUGAAAUCUGCCUUUAUUAUAUGCCUUUAUUAUCUAAAAAAAAACUAAAAAUUAUUAUAAUUAUAUAAUUAUAUUAUUUCACAGAAUUUUUAGCGUUACUAUUAGAGUAUCGAAGUUUUGCUCAACAUUGAGUCGUGGACAAUGUCUAUAAGUCUAUGAAUAUUUGGAGUGAUCUAUGACUGGUGUAAUUGGCGUAUUUUUAUGGAGUGCAUUAUAAUUAAUUCUUUAAUUACACUCGAUGGGAUAUCGGACAGAAGUGAUUUGUUAAUUCAUUCGGAUUAAGAUGCCUCACUGGUCAGCAACCCAUGGAUACAAAAAGCACUGUCUACCCUCUACGAUUUUUUUCUAUUACGACACGAAUCAAACAUACUUACCGAUGUCACCUCAUUUAUUAAUUCAAUAAUUGUUAAUAUACACACGUUGCAUAGUCCCAUAUUACAGUUGCCUUUUAGCAGCUAAAUUUAGAGUAGAGUAGACCCAAAGUUAUAGGUACACAAAAAUCGUUUAUCUGCCUAUUUGACUAGCUUUUGAAACCGACAACAUUGCCGCAAAGAUAUUUAAGUUGGAAAUAUUUGACAUCUAUCAGGCAAUAUUCAGGACCGGUAUCACAAUUUUCUGUGUGUGUGUAAACUUAAGGUGCUGAUAUAGUCUUGAGCAUCCUCUUGUAACAGAACAUUGAGCAUUCGCCGUUUUUAUAUUUGUCGAACUUAACAACGAGCUGAGCCAAGCAUAGAGCAAAAUAUUGCUUCGAACAUUUUUAGAAUUUUACCGUACGCUCGAUUCGAUUGAGCACUGCCUGCUAGAAUGCUCGCCAGGACGCUCGAUAGUAUGCUCGCUAAAAUGUUCUCGUAUUUUCCUGUGAUGUAACAUUCGCACGAAUACACAUUGCAAGUGAAUGCUCAAGUCUAUCAGCACCUUUAAGUUAUGUCACUUUCUUACUGGAUGUCAAAUGAGAAAGACCAAACUGUAGAUUAAGCUAACAGACAUUUUAAUCAGAUGGUGGUGAAACCGGCCCUUGGUGUAAAAGAAAAUUGUACUUUUUUUGAGGCCACUCGUGACGUCACUAGUAGCUGCUGUAAAUCUCUAUUAACAGACAGAGAGAAUAAAUAUCACUGCCUAUGAAUGCCUUUUGUAAUUUUUAAAAGGAUUUAGCGAAUUUGAAACGUGAUUUCGCCAUUGUAUUGUGCCGUCUCCAUAAAAAUACAGCUGAUAUUAAUGAGUUUAUAAUAUUUUGAUUCAUAUUUAAGAGACUAGUAUGGAACAUCUUUCACGUCGAUUACAGUGAGAUGAAAGGAUCAAAUAUAUGAAAAGUAAAUGAUUACCGUAUGCCAUUGUUUUGGGAAUCCUGAUUUCUUUUUUUUUUCAAUUCUGAUUUGAUAUCUAUUUGAUCUAGUAUAAUAAUUAAUUUAGCUAUAGCGUUAUUUAUUUUUUACUUUUAUUUCUUAAUGAUUAUUAUUAAUAUUACUUUUAUUUUAAUUAGAUAAUUUAUUGAUUUGAUUCUUAACAAAAUUGAUGAAACUGUGAACUUUGACAUUGUCUUCCAUAUCCCACUAUGAUCAAUGAUACUUCUUUAUUUAUAAUAGUCUGAGAGCAUGUAGGACCAGACCUCCGUCAUUUCAUGAAAGCUGAUAGUUUGCGACACUUAGCUACCUACCCUUCGCCAGAGACCUUAAAAGUUGACGGACUCGACUGAAGACAUGAUUAUAAUCAUUCAUAAUUUUCAACCCAUAUGGGCUCAUUGCUGAGCUCGAGUCUCCUCUCAGAAUGAGAUGGGUUAGGCUAAUAAUGCACCACGCUGGCCCUAAGCGUAUUGGCUCGCUGAGCGCAGCCGAUCGGGACGAAACGUACGGUCCGCUAGCGGCUUUGCAUCCUGUUGCUUUUGGUUUUUCUGUACUAUAAUAUUAGUAUCGGGUAUACAUAAAAACGUUCCUCUUGGAACACUCUAUUGCUGAAAACUGCAUUAAAAUACUUAAAUGAUAAGAGCCUCAAUAGCUCACCGAUAAGAGCCUUCAUCAGGAUUCAUGAAGAGGAUUCAUUACCAAGUGGUAGUUCAAUCCGCACCCCAUUGGUCUAUUGUCGUAUCCACUCCUAAUACUGUCUUUCCCGACUAGUUGGAAGGGAAUGGGGAUAUUGGCAAAUGGUUAAAAAAAUCCGCCGAAAUCCAUAUGGGCGGUUAAACAAAAGCUCCACCGUAAAGAGGCUGGACUCGCCAUCGAGUGGUCGUGGUUCGAUCCCCGUCCGCUGAACUACGUACCUCACCAAACCUAUACUCACUCAUAAGUCCUAAGUAAAGACUGUUAUUUACCUUCUAGUUGGAGAUUACUAGGAAUAUUCCUUAUACGUGCUCGUAAAAUAUAGUGUAGCAAAUAUUCUUCAAGAAACAUUCAGUUUUUAUGAAAUGACAUAGGUCUCGCUGUCGUAAGCUCUUGCUCAAUAAAUCACUCGUAGGUACAUUACUGGACGUUUUCAAUUGUUAUACCAUUGAGAUAAUAUAUACGCUGUGCUCUACAAUAUAUUAAUAUAGUUUAUAUAAUCUACUAGGCAACAUUUGAUGUGCACUUUCAAAGACCAUGCGUGACUUGUCGUUAUCAACCCAUAUUUGGCUCAUUGCUUAGCUCGAGUCUCCUCUCAGAAUGAAAGUGGUUAGGCCAACAGUCCACCACGCUGGCCCAAUGCGAAUUGGCAGACUUCACACACGCAGAGAAUUAAGAAAAUUCUCUGGUAUUUAGGUUUCCUUACGAUGUUUUCCUUCACCGUUUGAGACACGUGAUAUUUAAUUUCUUAAAAUGCACACAACUGAAAAGUUGGAGGUGCAUGCCCCGGAGCGGAUUCGAACCUACACCCUCCGGAAUCGGAGGCAAACGUCGUAUCCAUUGGGCUAUCACAGCGUGACUUGUAGACCUGAUUAAAGAUCCUCAAUAGCUCAAUGGGCCGGACUCAACGCCGAAAAUGUGCUGGAAAAUUCGUUUAGGUUAAACAGUGUUUCAUGCUUGCACGCAGCCAAUAAAUAAAUGCGUUAUAUCAUGAUCUAUAUACCAUAUAGUGACGUGUAAUCCAAUUUUUUAAAUUAUAUCCGACCAUAAAUGUAUAAGUCCUAGACUGGGCGUCACAAGUUAUUAUGUGCUGUAGGAAAAACGAAACAAUUAAAUGUUGCCUACAUACAAUAACUUAAACUGCAUAGUCUUUUGCAUUUUCAAAACACUUUAUUAAAAUUUCAUUUGAAUUACAACCAUGUACCUACCAUUAUUAAUAAACAGUAUAAUUUUAAUAUGCCCUGAUAUCUUACUUUUAUAUUUUUUUUUUAUUAAUCUGUAAUAAUUUUUUUGAGAUGUUUUUGUUUUAGUUUCAUUAUCUAUAAUGUUUUCUUUUCAUGAAAAUUAUAUGCGAAGAGUGCAAUUUUUUACUUAUAUUAAGAGUGUUCCUCACUCUUUGCAGAAAACGGAAUUACUACAAAGUUUGAUUGUGGCCACUUAUCAAUUGGUUAAAGCGUUUAUGUAUAUUUAGUUAUAUAUUGGCCUCACUAUAGACAAACUGGAUGAUUGAGUCCACGUUAGCGCUAAAAGCUUUUUAAGUAAGGUUUUUAUACACUGUACACAAUGGAAAAUUCUUUUUCCAAUACAGGUUCAUAAUGAGUCCUUAGGAGGCAGGGAGUCUUAGUGCUAACUAGAAUCUGCUUCAGGAUCGUUAUAUAGUAUUCAGGAUCGUUAUAUAGUAUUCAUGAUCAUUAAAAACCCAUAUUCGGCUCACUGUUGAGCACGAGAGGGGUUAGACUAAUAGUUCACCGCGUUGGUUCAAUGUGGAUUGGCAGACUUCACACACUUGGAGAAUUAAGAAAAUUUUCAGAUGGGCAGUUUUCCUCAAGUUUGAGACACGUGACAUUUAAUUUCAUAAUUUUUUACAAUUAUGUUUGUUAUAUGGCAACUGGUCCCAACUUAUGAUCAAACCCCUCCCCCACUCCAUUCGCCCACUCCUCACCCCUGCGUGUACGCAGUCGAGGACUCUGUUAUGCAGUUUGCUUAUAGCUGUUGCCAAAGCAGGUAUAGCAUUGCGAUUUUAUUACUUGCUCUAUUCAACUAAUGGAAGAUAAAUAGGAUUGAAUAUAAUAUUACGCGUUACUGUGGUCAGUAUAUUAUAAUAAUUGAUUAGAUUUGAACACGUCCGAGGGUGCUUAGUACUUUUACCAGAGAAGCGAAUUUCGUGCGAAAGUUUGCGCGUUCCUCUUCAUUAUGUGAUUUUAUACAUUUCGCUUUGAUAUUACUAACUAAAUAUAAUAAAAUGGAUAUGUAUACCUUGUUCUUAAGUAUAUGAUUGAUACUUCUUUUAAAAGAGCUGGCUAAUGUAUAGUAAAAUCGACUUAAUGUAUCUACUUUGUUUAAAUCAUAAGUUUGAACAUCUUGGUUCAUUGAUUUAAAACAAAGUACAUUAAGUAGAUUUUACUAUAAAGUUAUAGUAGUUGGAUUCAUCAAAACGAUUUGUAGCGAUAACAAAAAUACCACCAUUACUUAGUAAUUGUAAUAACUAUGAUAUAUAAAGAGUUGUUGAUCUUUCCAGCUUUGUUGAAUUCCCGAAUAAUAUGUAUUAAUAUAUUUUCAAUUUGAUUACCUACAUUAAGUAUGCAAAUUUAAUCUAUCAAUGAUUCUAGAAUUUAAACUAUCGUGAGUGUUAUUCAUAUUAAUUAAUUAUGAAACAACGCCUAAAACUGACGUCGGAGUAUGCCCGACUAGUUUCGUAUGGGUUCGAAAGUAGUCGGGCAUACUCCGACCUUAUAUCACGUGAGUUUUAGCCGUUGUUUCAUAGUCUUGAUUCUUUUGAAGAUAUUUUUAAUGAUGUACGCGCGAAUGAUUCGCAGCGAAUUCGCUCUAUCUGGAAGAGCGACCCAAAGCGAAAUGUAAUAGAAAGUUGUAUGUGUUUGUAAACGAUUUGUAAAUGAACCACAUCAGCUGUGUUCAAUUCACGUCUAAUUGUCGUAUUUUAAUUUUCUGUAUUUUUUAAACGUAAAACAAUGAUCUCGUAUUGUAACACAACAAAAGUUUGAUGUUCUUUUUUUAUUUGUUAUUAUUAUUAUUAUUAUUAUUAUAGUAAAAUUGUAUAGGUUUAAUUAAUACUCCUGGCUUUAUUUCGAGACCUUCGAGUUGAAUUUGUAAGGCCCAAUGUCAAAUUAGUAUUUAAGUAAUAUGUCUAUAGCUUGGCGACUUCGUUCGUAACACUCCCGAUGGUCCGCGCGUGCCGGGGGGCGUGUGGCGAUGAAUGAAAAAACCACGACUGAUGCACCUCAUUUCCCCGCACGCACGAUUUCACACCCGCGCAGUCUUUCCCCCCGUCGCCCGCAUAUCAUGGGAGUGUCAUCAAAGAACUUGCCUACUAUUAUAAGUCACCAUUCAGGCCGGCAGGUUAGGUUAGUCAUUUUGCAAAUUUGUGCGUAUAAACUGAAGGUUAGUUAAAGCCUUCCUUCAGUUGUUGUAAUGCGCUGUCUACCAAAUGUCUACUGUUAUUUAAGCCGUAGGCAAGAUGCACGACACUAUGUCACCAUGGUGCCACAAACUUUUCACACCCGGUGGCCAAAACUGGAAAACGUCGCGGCGGUCGCCAUUUUGAAAAAAACAUUAAACUACGUCACGAAACAAGUCCCGUAGACGCGCCGCUAAUGGCGCUCAUUGUCAGUUGGUAAUGUCGGUCUUAUUGUCUAUGUGUAAGGCGCUGUCAAUUUUAGUUCAGACUUUAGCCGCGGGACUUUUUCGUGGCGAAUUCUAAAAGCGAGACAACAGAGACAUCUUCACCGGGCCAGAUAAGUUUGUGGCACUACACUUAACUCGUUACAAUAAAAUGAUAUAUUGUCGACCAAUAGCUCCGAAUCGGAAACAUAUCUCUUUCUCUUGUGUUGCGAUAGGACGAAUGAGAGAGCUAUUUUUCCGGUUUAGCUAUUGGUCGAUUAUGUCUUUUUCUCUUUUUGAGAUGUGUCGUCGUCCUACUCAAGACUACAAAGCCCAAAGUAACUGCAAAAAAAGUAGACAAACUACAAACAGUGGCUUGCACUAAGUUUUAACUAGGGUAAGCACUAUACGUACAAAUUGUACAAAAUUUUGAAUUCUUUCUCCAAUACAUGUACGUAAUGAGUCCUCAGCGUAGGCAGUGUAUUUUUGCAUCUAUGAAAUACACGCCACUGCCUACAAAGUAGUGCAAUAAUAACAUGAGGCCUUACAAGAGAUUAAAGAAUUAAACCGUCCAUUGAUUGCCGACGUCACGUUUGGAGGAGAUGAUAAAUUGGCGAAGUCGUAUCGUAUACGGAAUAUUAUCGAAUGCUCUCGAAAUAUGGCCGAGUCCCUACUUGGUUAAUAGAAUAAAUUGGUUAUUUAUUUUAAAAUAAUUUGUAAAUAAAUUACGAUUUUAGUGUAUUUUAUUUUAUUUAGUGACUUUGUAACAUGUGGGCCGCACACCAACAGUUCAGCGGGGUCACUGAACUGCAAUAAAUAAUAAUAAGUUA